AUGUGCGUGGCCGAAGGGCGGGAAUCCCUCCUAGCCUGCGCCGAGCCUCGACGCCAGGUCACGAAGUCGCCAUCUUGGAGAGCAUCUACGCCCUCACGACGCGUCAAUGAGCGCUUGAAAAAUGAUGAUGUCGUUCACAACUCAUUAUCGCGUGAAAUUACGUUUAACAUCAGCGUCACGACGGGUGUCCACAUGUUCUCCGAGAACUUGUCAUCUGCCACGUGCUACAGUGCCACGUACUACAGUGCCACGUACUACAGUGCCACCUGCUAUAGUGCCACGUACUAUAGUGCCACGUACUACAGUGCCACGUACUAUAGUGCCACCUGCUAUAGUGCCACGUACUAUAGUGCCACGUACUAUAGUGCCACGUGCUACAGUGCCACGUACUAUAGUGCCACGUGCUACAGUGCCACGUACUACAGUGCCACCUGCUAUAGUGCCACGUACUAUAGUGCCACGUACUACAGUGCCACGUACUAUAGUGCCACGUGCUACAGUGCCACGUACUACAGUGCCACCUGCUAUAGUGCCACGUACUACAGUGCCACUGCCACGUACUACAGUGCCACCUGCUAUAGUGCCACGUACUAUAGUGCCACGUACUACAGUGCCACGUACUACAGUGCCACGUACUACAGUGCCACGUGCUACAGUGCCACGUACUACAGUGCCACCUGCUAUAGUGCCACGUACUACAGUGCCACGUACUACAGUGCCACCUGCUAUAGUGCCACGUACUACAGUGCCACGUACUAUAGUGCCACGUACUACAGUGCCACGUACUAUAGUGCCACGUACUACAGUGCCACGUACUAUAGUGCCACGUGCUACAGUGCCACGUACUACAGUGCCACCUGCUAUAGUGCCACGUACUAUAGUGCCACGUACUACAGUGCCACGUACAGUGCCAUAGUGCCACCACGUACUACAGUGCCGCGUACUACAGUGCCACCUGCUAUAGUGCCACGUACUACAGUGCCACGUACUACAGUGCCACGUGCUACAGUGCCACGUACUACAGUGCCACCUGCUAUAGUGCCACGUACAACAGUGCCACGUACUACAGUGCCACCUGCUAUAGUGCCACGUACUACAGUGCCACGUACUAUAGUGCCACGUACUACAGUGCCACGUACUAUAGUGCCACGUACUACAGUGCCACGUACUAUAGUGCCACGUGCUACAGUGCCACGUACUACAGUGCCACCUGCUAUAGUGCCACGUACUAUAGUGCCACGUACUACAGUGCCACGUACUACAGUGCCACGUACUAUAGUGCCACGUACUACAGUGCCACGUACUACAGUGCCACGUACUACAGUGCCACGUGCUAAAGUGCCACGUACUACAGUGCCACCUGCUAUAGUGCCACGUGCUACAGUGCCACGUACUACAGUGCCACGUACUACAGUGCCACGUACUACAGUGCCACGUACUAUAGUGCCACGUACUACAGUGCCACGUACUACAGUACCACGUACUACAGUGUCACGUACUACAGUGUCACGUUCUAUAGUGUCACGUACUGCAGUGCCACGUGCAACAAUGUCACGCACUACAGUGCCACGUACUACAGAGCCACGUGCUACAGUGCCACGUUCAUUAUAA